AUGGCGGCGGAGAGAACCCGCGGCGGCGGCGAACUGCGAUGGCUGCAGUGCGGGUACAUCCCCGCGCGCUGCGGCCUCCUCGGCGAUGGAGAAGAGUCCUGGUACGAGCGCAGCGACGAGCUCACGCAGUGCGCGUGGCAGCGGCUGCGAGGCGAUUGCGACGUCGCGAGCGCCACGACGACGGGCCCGCUCGCCAUCGAUGACGUCCACGGCGGCGGGUACGGCUUCGUGUUGGCCACGGACGCGCGCGGGGAUCUGUACGCGUGGGGGGACAACCAGGACUACUUCCCCGGGUUCGACGAGCGCGAGGAGUACUGGGAGAAGCCGCGCGACGAAGCGAAGGAUCCGAAGGCGGAGGCGGCGGAGGAUCCGAUGAACGAUGAACCGAUCGUCGUCGACGCCAUCUGGCGCGACGACGGCGUCCCGAAGCUCCUGCUCGCGAACGACGACCUCGACGCCGACGCCGCUUCCGCGUUAUCCUCCGCGAGCGGCGCCAGCGCCGUGAUACGCUCGCAGGCGGUGCCGCGCGUCGCCGCCGCAGGGUGGGCGCACGCCGUCGUCGCCGUCGCGCCCGAGUUUGUCGCGAAAUGCGUCGGGUGGAACGGGAAAGGCCAAGCGCCAGCGGAUCCGCCGUGGCCGAUGCCGCGCAAGGUGACGUCGCUCGCGUGCGGCGAGCGGCACACUCUCGCGGUGACGACCGAGGGGAGGAUGUUCGGGUGGGGCGAUAACGCGGACGGGCAGCUCGGUCUCGGCGCGACGGGGACGAACGCGAUCGAGGAUAAGGAGGGCGUUCGCGCGCACCCGAAGUCGUCCGACGCGCCCGCGGAGAUUUCUCUCGUCAUCCGCCCGCGCCUCGCGCCGGGGGAGACGCCGCCGCCGCCGCCGCCGCCCGGGACCGUCGGCCGCGCGGCCGCGCGCGUCGCCGCGGGCGCGCGGCACUCGAUCGCGCUCGACGCGGACGGCGUGGUGUGGACGUUCGGCUGGGGGCUCUACGGGCAGGCGCGUCCCGUACACUACGCCGGUCCCCGCGCGACCGCGUUCGCGCGGCGCGCGUCGAUCAGAUCCUCGAGGACUUUUCCCGUCGUGUCGUCUCUCUCCGCCCAGGGUCCCUCGGUUUCAAUCCCGACACACCGCGACGAAGGCCUUUCAACUCCGCUUCUGACGCCUUUCGACUCCCCCCACCCCGACCUCGGGCACGACGACGCGGAAAACCGGUACCUCCCGACGCACGUGGAGUCGCUCAUGGGGAUCCCGUGCGCGCUCGCGGCGGCGGGGAAGGAGCACAGCGUCGUCGCGACGAGCGCGGAGCACGGCGGCGCGUGCUACGCGUUCGGGUCCAACCGCGACGGGCAGCUCGGGGUGUGGCGAGGUUUGGACGGGGAGAAAGACGAUCGAGACGCCGAGGUGCAGACGACGUGCGAAGUCGGGCGAACGUGCGGCGCGCCGCUGCUGGUGGAGUUUUACGACGACGACGACGACGACGACGAUGACGAAGAGUCGGACGAGGAGGGUGUCGACCCCGACGCCGACCUCGACCCGGACGUCGGCGAGAUCCGUCCGGCGGCGGCCGACGACGACGACGACGUCGACGACGUCGACUACGGACCCGAGUUUACUCCCCGGAACGAGCUCCUCCUCACGCCUCGGUACCGCGCGGAUAAGAAGCGCAAGCGCCCUCCGUCGACGUCCCCCGCGGUGAUAUCGCUGUCGUGCGGGUCGCGACACACCGCGGUCGUCGUCGAGGACGAGCGCACGUCGCGUCGCGCCGUCUACGCGUGGGGAUGGAACGCGCACGGGCAGUGCGGCACGAGGGAUCACCUGGACGUUCCGUACCCGGUGAAGAUCAGGCGCGUCCUGGUUCACACUGGUCCCCGUACGACCGCGUUCGCGUGGUGA